AUGACAUUGACGAUAGGGCUACAAUUUGAUCAAACGCAGCUCGCACGACAAGCAUUCGCGUAUCACGAAGCUGUCGAGGCAGCUGCGCCCGUUCACAACUCAGUCAGCAGGAAUCAAGCUGCAUCGGGUAAGGUGUCACCGCUGCAGCUCAAUGUGUCGACGAACUUGCAGCUGUCCAGUGAGGAGAAGCAUGAUCUCGAAGCACGACACUCAACAGGGACCCCAAUCAGUCCGAAUACGAAUCCAAUCACGCCGGCAGCACCAAAGAACUCGUCGGAGGAUGACCAGACCGAAGUCCGCAUGCGUGAUGGAAUCUACAAUGCACUGGCAUUUCGGUCCUAUCCGUA